UUUUAUGUAGCGUGGACGUUAAAUCUAUUUUAGCAGAUUGAGUCAAAAUAUGUCUGUGGUGUAUAGUAGAACUGAAUUCAGUCACCUUAUUUGACUACAGUGUCCAUUUGAAUAUAAUGGGUGCUCGUGAGCCAACGGCAAGGUUGUGACAGUACAUACAAGUACCAGGUUGCGGUGAACAGUCGGGUAGUCAAACGGUGCUGCACGUUUCACACAAGAUGAAUACUGGACAGUAAAGAGUGAUGUUUAUUGACCUGAACACACCGAAUAUGGAGGAGCCGGCUGACCAUGUCAGUGGCAUUCUUCCGUUUGUGGGAAGACGUAAGGUGUUGGAAGACAUCAAGACUGGGCUAUCGAACGAAACCAGACUGGCUCAGCUGUUCGGUCAGCCAAUGGUGGGUAAGGCACGCACUGCUAAACAGGUUCAGCUCGAACUAGCGAAAGAAUUCGAGGGAAAUGGAAGACACGUGAUGUCAGUGGAAAUGUGUUGCCGUGAUAUCUCCGAUUGGACAGAUCUUCUCACUGAUUUUCAAAACGCAUUAGGGUGGAACGACAUUGCUUGUAAAGAGACUGCAAUUUUUACAAAGCUCAAAAAUGUUAUGAGGAAUAAACCAUCUCAUAUUUUCUUAUUCCUAUUUCUAAAAUGUGAGAAGCUGGGAAACGAAAAGUCUUCUCUAGCUGAAAAAUUCGACAUUCUUAUCACGAAAUUAAUUGAACUUUCGAAAAACGUGUUUGUCAUAGUGACGACACAGAAAGUAUUUUCUUUUAAAGGAGUGAAGCAUAUUAUAACAAAUGUUCUGCCCAUGACGCGAGAAGAAUCAAAUCAUCUCUUCAAAAGAUGCUUCAGUGACGUCGAUGUUGAGCCAUUUCUUCCAGCAGUGGACACACAUGGUUUAGGCCUUCCUUCAUUGAUAAUGGAAGCUGCCAGUCAGUUGAAAUUGCACAUGCCAGAAAUCCCGGAUAUCACAUUAGAAGACUUUGAGGACAUCUUUCAGCUUUGCAAGGAAACCCUGCUCGAUCACCCCAGCAAUUUGGAGGUGUUUGACGGUCUAAAUGAAUGUACUAAGAGUAUUUUAAUUGACUUGUCGAUAUUUCAAGGAUCGUUUGGAGUCACGCAGUUGGAAACUGUAUUUAACAAACGUCCUUCGCAGGUCAAGGCUAUAAUUGUGAAACUUGAACAGUGUUCUCAGCUUGUGCAGGACAAAAACAAAAAUCGUAUGCGCAUCCACCCAGCCGUUGAAAAUUACAUUAGGAAUUCACUUCCUGGCCACAUCACAUACAACGACACAGUUCGACUGAGAUUUGUGAAGCUGUUUGGCCAAGUGCUGAAGAAAGUAGACUCGGAAAUUACGGUGCGACCCGAACAACAUAUUUACCAACAUCUCCAUCCUGACUGGUUAAAUUUCCAACAGCUUCUUAAGGAAGCCAUUCAUUGUACCCAAGAUACAUAUAAACCGUUCCUGCAAGUGGCCAAUGAAGCUGAAACAGUUUUAAUCAAAUUCUUUCCGGAAGAAGCUUUGAAUUUCUACACGUCAAUGGUAAAUGCGUCUGAAAAGUUUGGCAAUGAUCUGGAGCAAGCUAAACAAAAGUGGUUGCUAGGCAGAGCAAAGACUCGAGGCAAAGGGACAGAAUACGAUGGCGCUAUGGGUUUGUUCAAAGAGGCGCUGCCCGCCAUUGUCAGCAGUGACGACUACUAUGCGCAUGUCUCACUUCUGGCAGACAUGGCAUACAACUACUACAAGCAAGGCGAUUACAGAACCGCGUUAGGAUUUUUCGAGGAAGCUCUACAGGAGGCUGGAAGACAUGAAUCCAGUGACAGACUUCUGAAUAAAGUGUUGUCAAUCCGCUGUGACACGGCAAUACAGCUCAUCUUCUUGAAUGAACCUGACAGCGCAGAACACAUUCUGGUGGAAACCAUGAAAGUAAUAACUGUCGUCGCCCCGUACCACCCCGCCAUUCCAAUCAUGAUCAACAGUCUAGGACUGAUUUGUGAGCGAGCUCGCCAUGACAAUGAAAAUGCUUUACGAAACUACUCUUCAUCCCUGCAUGAGCGCCGGAAGUACGCUACAUUGGCUCCAGCUGACCUUGUUGUGCCUCUGAACAACGUCGCUAUGCAGUACUCAAGGCGAGGCAACCAUGAUCAUGCCUUAAAACUGCUGGAUGAAGCGUUCUCCAUUCGUAAGAAGCUGGGGUGGAAGGACUUUCACACAGGCUUGACGUGUUUGCACAUGGGAUGUGUUCAAAUGGCACUGUUGCAUUUCGAAGAAGCCGUUGAAUACACCAAACUUUCUUUGGAGAUCUUUCGAACCUGCACGAAGAACCACCAUGUUCAAGUUAUGGUACUGUCAGCCAUGGCGCAUUGCCUUGCAGGUCUCGAGAAGUGGCAUGAUAGUGCAGAUUGUCUGAAGGAAGCUGUAGCAGUAUCAGAGAAAUACCAAAAGAAGUGUCCAUCUGAUGAAACCAUUCAACUUGUACGGAAACAUCUAUAUGUGGCGUUACGGGGCCAUCAACAAGGAUUAAGAUCUUUCUUUGAGUCGAGAAAAUCCGAAAUACACAGACAACUUUCGCUGUGUAGAGACCGACACGAGAACAUGUAUUUCAAAUGGCAAAGAGAGUUAGUUGAGUUAUGUAAAACUGAAAGCACAUUCUUUACCAACGAGAUUGGUUCUAACAAAGAUGCAAGUGAAUUAUUAAGUGAAUGUGUAUACUGUUCGUCAAUGAGGAACUCUGGGUUCGAUGCUUUUGGAAUGUGGAACAAAGUGGAAAGAGAAGUGACAAGACGCGCAGCCGUUUUUCAGCAACUCGUUCAGUCACCUGGUCCAACUGAAGCAAUGGGGAUAACAAAUGGAAUUGGAAGAAUGACCGAAGUGGUUAGCGGUGUGAUGCUUCAAGCCAAUCCACAUCGUCGUGAUAUGCUUGUCACAAAUCAGCAAGCAUCCACUGGUGGCAAAGACGUGAACCAAUCAUAUCUUCAUAACAAUCAAACAAAUACUAUGCAUAAAAUAUAUGCAGAUCCCAAAGCACAACUGUCGUGUACUGAUCAAAAUCAUUCAUAUUGUCCAAGAAGUGGACAUUGUGCUGCCUGGCAGUGUGUGGCAACAAAUGAAACUAUAAACAAUGUAAAUACCCCAAAUGCACAGACAUGUGCAGAAAUACAAAAUGCCAAUGUGUACCCACACGCAGACAAAAGUGUACAUGAUGAAAUGCCCUGUAUCAAAGAACAUCCAAAAAAUAAUGAUACAAUGAUUCGUCAUGAUGGCAAACACGUUUAUGAAAACUCAUCUCAAGAGAACGUUAGUCAUGUAGACUUAAGUAAGUCUAGUGAUUGUUUAGGGCUUCACACUGAAAACACAUCUGAUACAAGCAUCUUGAAUAAGCAGUUUUCACAAGAAAGUAAAGGUCUUGGAAUUAGGUUGACAUUGUUAUCACAAGGUGUCUCAAAUAAACCUAAUUCUAUAACGGAGAGGGGUGUUUCAUGCCGUACUGCUGAUCAAAAAGACAAAUAUUUUAAGGAAGACUUAGAUAUGAACACGGUUGGUGAGCCUGCCAACCCUGCUGUAACAGAACCAGACAACAAUGCACCUUGUCAACACAAGGAAAAGAUGAACAGCGGCAAUCCUGUUUUCAGUUCAGACACCAACAGACAAAAAGACAAACCUCAAGACAGAACAGUGCCUAACGCAAAUAGAUGUGCCAUUUGGCCCCCUAACCAUCCACGUUACGUCACCGAGUCCCAGUCGAUUGUAGCGUCUCUUGCAGUUGGCCAUAUUUUGGACAAUAACCUCGAAGGGAUAGAUCUGGAGAACAGAAACACGUCAGGGAAUUCAGUGUUCUUGGGUACGUCAGAAUCCAAUUUAAAUCAGUUUCCUGGUCGUUAUGACAAUUUUCCCCGCCAUGAACCAACACAUAAAAACACGGUACAACUUGUUUCUGCAAACAUGGAAAUGCAAGGUUAUUCGUUGGGAUCCGUGCAUUCUGGAUCUUCGGUUUAUGCAGACUGCGAACCAGGUGAAAUACUUUCACCUCCUCUGAUGAAAUCAAACCAAGUUGAUAUACAAAUCCCCAUCAAUACACGGAUAUCAGUUGGAUCAAGAUAUGAGUGGGGAUGUGUGACUAGAGAGCCCAUGGAAAAUGACGACAGAGAUAAAUAAAAUUAACCAUGUGUCAAUCCUUACUAAUUUAUGCAUCAGCACUACCAAAGAGCUGUAAAUCACACUGACAAAAUAAGAAAAUCAACAUGUAUGAUGUUAUGAUUUUUAAAUCUUUUAAAUUAAUUUCUGAUCCGUUCAUCACCAAAAUAGUACUGCACUGGUAAAGAUGUCAGCAAUAUGUAUAUAAUUGCAAAUAUAACAAUAUUGCAAAAUGAAUUUUUUUUUUUUUUACAUUAGUUAAUUUACUAAUGAAUGAUUAUUUUUUAUAUUAGUUAAUUUACUUCGUUUUCUAUUUAUUGUAACCUAAAUGUCUUUAAGCUAGUGUAUUAGUCAUGCAUUCAACUCACGUUAGAAUGGAUUUAAGAUGAUUCAAGAUGUCCAUGAAGUGUGUACAUAAUUUGCUUAAUUAAUGGGAUCUGUCGUGAGCAUAAGUCCAUUGGUUUCAGCGACAAAUACAAAAUGUAUGUACACAAUAAGAAGAUAUUGAGUGGUAUAAUUUAUUGAACGUCGAAGACACUUCUGUGACAGAAUGAUAUGAACGGCUGAAUUCAGCAAAAUAUUUACAGAAAAACUUUAUAAGCAAGAAGAAGUUAAAACUUUUCGACGUUAAAUCCUAAAGUAGAAAAAAACCCAUGUGGAAGCAACAUGAUUAAAAUGUUGUAUAGUUAGCACUUUGUUUAACACAACAUCGUUUACAUAUUUAAUCCUUGUGUAUGUGUACUCUUCUAUACAAAGUAUAAUCGUUUUUGUUUACAACGCUGCACGUUUUAAUUCUUUGUAAGACGUUAAUUUAUUCAUGAAACGUUUUGUUGUUGUUUUUUGCCCUGAAACAUUAUUUAGGCUACACUUUUGUACAUAUACGUGUUUCGUGUGUCGUUGAUUUGUUAGAGGCUUUGUUCGAGAUUUUAUUGACAUUUUCUCAAGAUACAGCUGGCCUGUUUAUCUUAGGCCAGUAUUUUUUUAUUAUUUGGUUUACGAACCCGCCGACGUAAAUUUUGCUCAAAUAAUAAAAAAAGUCGUAUUUUUCACUUUUAUUUUUUUGCCGCUGACUUCCACAUAUAGCUCUAAAGAAAGAAAAAGUUACCAUUCUAGUCUAUUGUGGCGCAUUUCGUAAGGUAACAGUGAGAGAGAGAAAAAAAUCAACCCUACUAAUACACCCCAAACAGGUUGUAGUUGUUGUUUGUUUGGGGUUUUUUUUUUUUUGGGGGGGGGGGGGGGGGUUCCUUCUUCCUACCUUUGUGCACAAAAGUUCUUGUUCGUAAACCUAUAAAUUAAAAAAUACUGGCCUUAUGGUAGUUAACUGCUUAAAGUUGUAAUCACAGAUUUGCAUAAUAACGAAACAUAUUUAUUCAUUGUUCUUGUGAAAUGUGAAUGUUUUAUUCUGAUGCUCACAAAAUGUUACAUCCAGAUAAUUUCAUUUACUACUAUUUAUAAAUUUGUAUUAUUGGAGAUUCUAAUAAAGGUGAUCUGAUAGGUUGACAAGUUACGUCACAGUUUGAAUUUAAAUGGUAUAUCCAUAUUGACAAAAAAUGCUACUAUUGUAAUGAUACGUGAUAAGUACUUUCUGCAAUCUGAUUAAAAUUAGCUCUACUGGGUCUACCAAUAGAUCUAACAGCAUUGCGUGCACUCCCAUGUCCAGGUGACAUUUCAUCUAUAAAUAACAAUUUAAAUAUCGACCAAUUACACUUCGCCUUUUAUAGCGUUAUUCGGGAGCAUAAAAAUUCUAAAAAUAUCUGGCGAGACUACUUGUGUGUAUUUAUCCAAUAGGCAAACUUAUUGGUCAGUUUCAACAUUGAAAAAAAAGGGGGAAAAGUGCAGUAAUAAACUCUGGAUUGUAUACUAAUAUAAACAGAUUUUAUGGCUAUACAGCACGGUGUUAUAGGACUUAUUUAAGACCAUAAAGCACAUAUAAAGCUGACUGUCCUGGGUUCGGUUUGUUUUCAUGAAAGUAGAUUCCUGUCGAGUGGAACUACCAAGGACUACUCUAUUCCAAAUGGCCACAUACACGAGAGAGUGUGAGUUGGAAUCCGUCUAAACGCUCAGUUAUUGGUGGUUAUUUUGUGUUAGAUUUAACUAUUACACUGGUUUUAAUGUGUUAUUAUUAUCAUUUUAUUAUUAGUGGUGAGUAUCUGGAACAGCCCUGUAAGUUCAAUUACAAACAAUAUUCAUAUAAACCGAUAAUGUAUACGGUCUGUUUCCGGUUUAUAAGAUGCUGUUAUCAAUGAAAUCAUUCAGAUUGUCGAGUAAUCAUAAUGCAGCAACAACAAAGUAAACAAACAAACAAAACAGUAGAACAGAAACGUUUUGGUAGACUUCUUUGUUUGAAUUUUUGUUUAAACUGACAUAAGCAUUUAUAUGUAUAUAUGUCUUCCGUUUGUUUGGUUUUGCAACCUUUUUGUCAUAAUUGGGAUUAAACUGAAAACGUUUUUUUUUUUAACAAUAACAAAAUUACUAUGUUUGUUUAUAAUUGAAAUAAAGUUCUAACAACUGUAUUAAAAAA